GUGGCAUAAACAUCACAAUCUAAUCAAAAAUUUGAGCAGAAAGCAAAAAAAAGAAAAAAAAAAAAAAUUUUAUUUUAGAUCUGAAAGAUGGAAGCUUUAUUCUUUAACAUAAACGACGGUUAUUUAGAGGGUAUUGUGAGAGGUUAUAAGAGUGCUGUACUUAAUUCCACUCAUUAUCUUAACUUAACGCAAUGCGAAACCCUUGAUGAUCUAAAACUUCAGUUAAGCGCUACGGAUUACGGCAACUUUUUAGCUAACGAACCUUCUCCAAUCUCCACUGCAACUAUACAUGAAAAAGCGACACAAAAAUUGGUUGACGAAUUUAAGUAUGUUCGUGCUAACGCCGUGGAGCCGCUGUCCAGAUUUCUUGAUUAUUUAACUUAUGCCUAUAUGAUUGAUAAUGUAAUACUUCUUAUAACAGGCACUUUACACGAACGUGAUACUCAUGAACUGCUUGAACGAUGUCAUCCACUUGGAGUAUUUGAUUCUAUGCCAGCAUUAUGUGUUGCAACCAAUGUCGCAGAAUUGUAUGAUACUGUAUUAGUGGAAACACCUCUAGCACCAUAUUUUAAAAAUUGCGUCACUGCUAAUGAUCUUGAUGAAUUAAAUAUUGAAAUUAUUCGUAAUACGCUUUACAAGGCGUAUAUUGAAGAUUUUUAUAGAUACUGCAAAAGAAUUGGUGGUGCAACGGGAGAGAUGAUGAGUGAAAUUUUAGAGUUUGAAGCUGACCGUCGUGCUAUUAAUAUUACGAUCAAUUCUUUUGGCACAGAAUUAUCAAGAGAUGAUCGAGCCAAAUUAUUUCCCACUUUAGGAAAAUUGUAUCCUGACGGACAUGCCAAGCUUGCGAGGGCGGACGAAAUUGAACAUGUUAAGAAUGUCGUUGAGGUUUGGGUGGAAUACCGUCCCUUUUUUGAUAAUAGUCUGACAUCUUUUGGUGGUACCGCUACAAGCGAAGCAAAGACUCUUGAUGAUAGAUUCUUUGAGCACGAGGUUCACUUGAACAAGCUUACUUUCCAACAACAUUUUCAUUAUGCAAUCUUUUAUGCAUUUUUGAAGCUUAAAGAACAGGAAAUCAGAAACAUUGUAUGGAUUGCCGAAUGUAUUGGCCAAGGACAAAAAGAAAGAAUUAAUAAUUAUAUACCUAUUUUUUAAUAGAUAACCUGAAUUUAAUUAGAAAUAAUGGGAUAUUUAAUUAUUUAAAGACUCGAAAUCAUUUUUUAUUGUAUCUUUUAAUAUGUAUUUCUAUUUUAUAAUAAAAUCUUUAUACUCAUUUGAGAGAUAAAGAAAAACUACAAUUGAGCC